CGCCACUUGGCGUUUAAAUAGCGAAAGAGCGUGGCGAAACUCACUAUUGGUUGACUUGUUUGGUUUGUUAUUAGUCUUGGAGGCUGGAGCAGUAUUAGCUCCGACUAAAAACAAAUUACUACUGAUAGAAUUUAAAACGGACUAUCAGUUAGUCGUUAUAUUGCUCUAAUAAUUUAGCAAAAAAGUUUAGUGGCACUGGGCCCAAUAGUUAAGUUUCAUUUUAAAAUCACUUCUUAAUCAACAUGAAUCCUCUCACACAAGUGGUAAGGGCAACUCGUCCACUGUACCGUAAGCUGUCCACAACAGCGACGCUAGCAUCGGCUCCAAAACCCAUACCGCCAACAGGGUUAUGUUUCGAGUUAAGCGAAGAGCAGAAAGCGUUGCAGGAUCUGGCUCGGAAGUUCACCAAAGAGGAGAUCAUACCGGUGGCUGCUCAAUACGAUAAGAGCGGGGAAUACCCGUGGCCGAUCGUGAAGAAAGCAUGGGAAGUCGGCCUCAUGAAUGGCCACAUCCCAGAACAUUGUGGGGGCAUUGGGAACUUCGGAGUUUUUGACGAAUGCAUUAUCGGUGAAGAGUUCUCCUUUGGGUGUACCGGGAUAGCCACUGCCGUUGGCGGGACGGGUUUGGGACAAACCCCCGUCAUCAUAGCCGGUAACAAGGAACAACAGAAGAAAUACCUCGGCAGGCUGAUUGAUGAGCCCUUAGUGGCGGCGUACUGUGUAACUGAACCGGGUGCCGGUUCAGACGUGGCCGGCGUCAAGACCAAGGCUGAGAAGAAAGGCGACGAAUGGAUCCUCAAUGGUCAGAAAAUGUGGAUAACCAACGGCGGUGUAGCCAACUGGUACUUCGUGCUGGCUCGUACGAAUCCUGAUCCGAAGUGUCCAGCCAGCAAGGCCUUCACCGGCUUCAUCGUGGAGAGAGAUUGGCCUGGAGUUGUUCCUGGACGCAAAGAGCAGAACAUGGGCCAGCGCGCGUCUGACACUCGCGGUAUAACCUUUGAGGAUGUCCGCAUACCUAAAGAAAAUGUCCUCAUUGGUGAGGGCGCUGGUUUCAAGAUAGCCAUGGGAGCCUUCGACAAAACACGCCCACCGGUUGCCGCAGGAGCCACAGGUUUGGCCACUCGAGCUUUACACGAGGCCACUAAAUACUCUUUGGAACGCAAGACUUUUGGGGUGCCAAUCGCUCAUCACCAAGCGGUUGCCUUUAUGCUAGCUGAUAUGGCCAUCGGUGUGGAAACUGCUAGACUGGCCUGGCAGAAGUCUGCAUGGAUGGUAGACCACGGCCAAAAGAACACAGUCUUGGCGUCUGUCGCUAAAUGCUUUGCGUCCGAAGUGGCAAACAAGUCGGCCGCUGAUGCAGUCCAAAUAUUUGGAGGAAACGGUUUCAAUACAGAAUAUCCAGUAGAGAAACUUAUGCGCGACGCUAAAAUAUACCAGAUAUAUGAAGGAACUUCCCAAAUACAGAGACUCAUCAUCUCCAGGGAGAUUCUCACGGCAGCCAAGCAGAGUAACGCAUAAUGUAUUCUGUUAUUAUGAUUUGUAAAACUUCUAUUGUCUAUAUUCAUAUAUACAAAGUUUUGUAACAUGUUUUUUGUAAAUCACAACAUAUAAUAUGCUUCAUGGUUUUUAAUAUGCUUUUUAGAUGAUAAGCAAGUUUGGAUUGUUAUUUUUACCGGUUUAAGAAAUAAAUUACAUUAUACCUUUUGGAACAAAGUAUUUAUGAAUGUUAAGAGAAAUUAAAUAGUUUGUUAUAUUUA